GAGGAGAAGGCAUGCGAGACAAUUUUGGUAGCCGAAUCCGGCGCAGCUGUGAGAAACAUUUAGAGACCUUGCGUUCUGUGGAUUAAGGACUCCACAACAGAUCUUGGUGGAUAGAUAGAUUAGACCAGAGGGAUUGACGGCAUGACCAAGUUUUUAGGACUUCGUGGGGAGCGCCUUGGCUUCGCCGUCUCGUUCGUCUGCACGACCGGUUUCUUGCUCUUUGGAUAUGAUCAAGGUGUCAUGAGCGGGAUCAUCACAUCCCCAGAGUUCAACUCUGCGAUUCCGGAAACAAAGGGUAAUUCUACUAUGCAGGGAUUUGUUACAGCUAUUUACGAGAUUGGCUGUCUGUUUGGGGCUGUGGUUGUCCUGUUCGCAGGAGAGGCUAUGGGGCGUCGAAAGGCAAUUAUCUCUGGGGCUUCGGUCAUGAUUCUUGGCGUCAUCAUUCAGGUUACAGCUUAUGUCGGACAUCAAUCAUUGGCACAAUUUGUUAUCGGCAGAAUAGUAACUGGAAUCGGCAACGGUAUGAACACCAGUAGUAUUCCAACAUACCAAGCGGAGUGUGCAAAAACGAAGAACAGAGGUCUACUGAUCUGCAUCGAGGGAGGAUCAAUCGCAUUUGGAACCUUGAUAAGCUACUGGCUCAACUACGGCGUCAGCUUCGCCGGCGGCGACAUGGUCUGGCGUUUGCCUAUCUCCUUCCAAGUGGUCUUUGCCCUGAUAAUUAUCGCCGGAAUGCUGGUCCUCCCGGAAUCCCCCCGUUGGCUCCUCUCAAAAGACCGUGACGAAGAAGGCACUUUUGUAAUCGCCGCCCUCAAUGGCGAAGCCGUCGACUCCCCGAAAACCCAACUCGAGAAGCGGGUAAUUCUCGACUCAAUGAUGGCAACUGGCGAAAUCGGCAACAAGUCAUCUUUCAGAGACCUCCUAACAAACGGCAAAACCCAACACCUCCGCCGUGUAAUCCUAGGCGCAAGCUCCCAACUUAUGCAGCAGAUUGGCGGGUGCAACGCCGUGAUAUACUACUUCCCUAUUCUCUUUGAAUCUAGCAUUGGCCAGAGCCGGAACAUGUCCCUAAUCAUGGGCGGUGUGAACAUGGUUGUUUACGCAAUCUUCGCGACGACAUCAUGGUUUAUUAUCGAGAGGGCUGGCCGUCGAAAGUUGUUCCUAUGGGGAACUAUCGGGCAGAUGAGCGCUAUGGCAAUUACAUUUAUAUGCUUGAUUCCAGGAACGCAGACCGCGGCUAGGGGCGCUGCUGUGGGGUUGUUCUUGUAUAUUGCGUCGUUUGGGGCGACCUGGUUGCCAUUGCCAUGGCUGUACCCUGCCGAAGUUAACCCGCUGAGAACGAGAGGCAAGGCGAACGCCGUGUCGACUAUCACUAACUGGUUGUUCAAUUUCGUGGUCGUGAUGAUCACCCCGGUGAUGAUUGACCGGAUUGGCUGGGGCACUUAUUUGUUCUUUGCUGUUGUUAAUGCUUGCUUUCUGCCGUUUAUCUACUUAUUCUACCCGGAAACCCGCCUCCGCUCCCUCGAAGAGAUCGACUUCAUCUUCGCAAAGGGAUACGAGGAGAAGAUCUCGUACGUCAAGGCAGCAAAGGAACUUCCUCCUCUCUCACCGGAGGAGAUCGAAGAGUAUGCUAUCCACUAUGGCUUUGCCCACGCUAGUGCGCCCGAGAAACCUACGGAUUUACUCGUCGACGAGGACCGCAAGUCAAACUAAUUUGUGUACAGCACAAAUGGGUUGAAGUGAAUAACUAAAUACACUUUGAUCUUGAUAUGAAAUGAAUUCCCGAGCCGGUGGUACGCCUGCUAUGGGCACACGAUUAGCCAUGCCGCCUAAAAGGAUUCAGCCUAUGUGGCUGAGGCGGCGGUUCAGUAGUCCCAGGCAGUACGAGCGCGCUCGGCCCCACUUGCCUAAACGCCCUCUUGCACUUAUCCAAAUCUGCAAGUACUAUGCCAUUCUGUAACAGCGCAACCUGUGUAAACGCUACCCCUCCCCCACCCAUCAAAGCAUUCCAGAGUGACAGAACAAGCUUCUGCCACUUGGUCCAAGACUCCCCUUGCCCUGCGCACGGGCAGAAAUAGCUUUCCGCUCGGCCUUGGCUCGGGUAACUAAAGGAAGUCGACACACUCCCAUUUCCGGAUCAUUGGCUACGUCCGGGACCCUCGCCAGCGGGCCCUGCACACCACCUCUUAUGAGUUUGGGAUCCGUGGGCGGGUAGCUUUUUGGGUUUACGGGGUUUUCCACGGUGGUUUUGCGGGGGGCGGCGG